UUACACAUACCAUGUUCGUCCGCAACCGUAACAGUAAAGGUGAUCGACUCAACUACCUCGUUGUUCCUGAACCCGCCGCUGUUUUGGCAGCCCCAGAUGAAGGGAUUCGACGGUAUCGACGUACCUAUCUAUUGCUUUCUUGUUUCCAACGGCGAGCGCCACGUGCUCUUUGACCUCGGUGUUCGGAAGGACUGGGAUCAAUAUGCUCCAAAGGCCGUCGAUUUGAUCCGGCGCACAACAAGAUGCCACACACAGAAGAACGUAUCAGAAAUCUUGGACCUCCACGCGAGCCAGACCGAAAAGGGAAACCCCUCUGUUCGUAGCGAGGAUGUUGAAGCUGUGAUCUGGUCGCACCACCAUUUUGACCACAUCGGUGACCCAUCGACUUUCCCACCCUCAACAGAUCUUGUAGUCGGCCCAGGGGUUAAACAGUUCUGUUGGCCAGGUUUCCCAUCGAAUCCAGACUCGUUUGUUCUGGAUGCCGAUAUCCAAGGCCGCGAAGUGCGGGAGAUCGACUUCACGGCAAACCCUCUCAAAAUCGGCCGCUUUGACGCGUUUGAUUAUUUUGGCGACGGCUCCUUCUACCUGCUCGACAGCCCUGGGCACGCCAUUGGACAUCUUACUGCCCUCGCUCGCGUCACUACAGCCGCUGUUGGAGGACCCGACCACGACUCCUUCGUCUUUAUGGGCGCUGAUGCUUGUCACCAUCCUGGGGUCCUACGGCCAACAGAGUACCUGCCUCUACCCGCCCAUCUAUCGCCGUCCCCCAUUAGGAAAUUUGCACCGACCUGCCCGGGGGAGAUCCUACAGGGUCUUAAAGCCACCAGCGACCCUACCCAGCCCUUUUUCACUCUAUCGCCGGUUGUCUUUCCGGACCACCCGGCGGCGCUGGAAACAGUCCGCAAAAUUGCUGAGUUGGACGCCGCGGAAAACGUAUUCAUCAUUCUGGCCCAUGAUGAGUCCUUGAAGAGCCACUUAGACCUUUUUCCGAAGUCCAUAAAUGGUUGGCAGGCGAAAGGUCUGAGGUCGCGAACCCGCUGGCUCUUUUGCAAGGACUUU